GAAACGAUGGGAGUUGUUUCUUCCCCUCCGUUAUAAUACCAUCAGCCGUACGUGUUGCGAAAGAGGACACAUGAUGGAAAGCGUAAACAUUUACGUGUCUUGAGUGUUUAGAGAAACAAUUUUUAUUUGUAAUCAUGAUAGACAGUAACAUUUCCAUGGAGGAAGAUACUGAAUUACGAGAUUUAGUGGUACAAACUCUUGAAAAUAAUGGUGUUCUCGCAAAAGUCCGGGCUGAAUUAAGGGCUAGCGUGUUUUUAGCUCUGGAGGAACAGGAAUCUGUAAUGAAUCCAGAACCACUCCUCAACAAAACAGUAAAACAGUACCUGGCUAAUUCCGAAGGAAAAUUACUAUUUUCAUUGGUUAGGGAGUUCCUAGAAUAUUUUGGUUUGGAUUAUACUAUAUCUGUAUAUGAUCCAGAGACAUAUAUUGGAAAAGAAUAUAACUAUGUCGGUAGAAACAAAUUAUGUGAAGAAUUAGGUAUAAAUUCAUCUGAGCCAUUACUUGGAGAGAUUUUAAAGAAUAAUAUCAACAUCUGUAACAUAACACAAAAGGUGGAAUUCAAUGACAGUAAACAUAAUAAAACAAAUGAAACGUCAACAAAUUUUGCAAAUGCAACCUUUGAAGUUCCUGUACCAAAGAUGUUACAUACUGAAUCAUUAUCAAAUGACAAUGAUUCUUCUGAGAAACUAGGAAGUUUCUCUGAACAAAGCACUAGUAUUCCAAUAAAUGUGACAAUAACUGACAAAAAGAAAAAUAUACAAACAUUACAUAAUGAUUUAUUAGAUGAGUCACAUGAUAAAGAAAAGAAUUCUCUCAGGGAAAAUAUAAUAGUUUUUGACAACAUAACUGACAAAGAUGAUAUUAAUGAUAAAGGGAACAAUAUACACUCUGAUAAAAGUCCUACAAAAAAAAUUGAUACAUACGAAGUAAUAAAUCAUACAAUAAAAGAAACUGCCACAAUUGCAUCUGGUCAAAUUGAUAUGUACAAUAAAGGAGGACCUUUAAUUACGUUUGAUGAAUCUAUAGUAUCUGAAAUGCAAAAAAAUCAAAAUGUGGAUGUUACAAAACAAAAUAGUAUAAAUAAUAAAGAACUACAUAUUAUGAAUAAUGUACAAAAUAAAAAAGAGAUUAAUAUAGAAUGUAACUUUGGAAAAGCUAUUUACUUUGAAGAAAUUAUUGUUGAUGAAAAAAGAGACAAUGUUGGUAAUGUACAUAAAGCUGAAUCUUCAUCACCUUUAGAUAAGUCUGGUUCUAUAUUUGAUCUACCACCAUUAAACGGAAAAAAGACAAAUAUAAAUGAUAUAAAAGAAUUAAUGGAUGUUGGAUUUGCAGUAGAUAAUGUUGACAAUUAUGAAGAAGAUUUUGUGUCAUCUGCAUCAGGUAGUUUUAAUGAACAGAGUCCAUCUAAAGAAUUACAAGAAUUGGACAGUUCUGUGCAAGUACAUGUCAAAAAAGAAGAUACAAUUCAGAGUACUCAUAGUGAAGACAUUAGUGAAGAAAUAGAAGAAACUGAUGAAAUACUGAGUAGUACUUCGUGCCUUCAGGGUGUGAAUAUAAAUGAAAAGGAUGAAAAGGUUUCAAAUUUCACAACGGGUAUUACUACAAAUUAUAGAAAUGAGAUAUAAUCUUUACUGAUAUUAUCGUAAGAUUCUGUUAAGAAUCUUAAGCACUUUGUUCAAUUAUAAUUUUGUUAAUUGUUUCUCACAUUGUAGUUGCUUUUAUAACGAUAAGAAUGUUAUUCUGUUGCAUAGCAAGCUAGAGUACAGGAGAUACUGCUUUUGGGGACUGAUAUCCUAUACUAAGGCAUCAUGAGUAAGACUAUGCUGAUUAUUGUAAAUUGAGAAACUUACUGGAUUUAUUUUGCAGUUUUUAAUAAGGCACUGCCAGCUAUGGCUAAAUACUUAUAAAUCGCGCUGCAAAAAUCAUGGAAGGAAAAUGCCUUCAUGAGCAUUUUUCUAUUCAUUGCAUUUCUCUAUUUUAUAUAGAUUAAAUGAUGUAUUUUUCUACAUUUUAUAGAUUUAAGAGGGAAAUGUAAUUUUUAUUAUAAAAAAAGGAAAUAUUUAAGUUUAUGACCGAUCCAUAUACUUUUUGAAGUGAAUACAGUAAAAAUGAAACGAAGUAAUAGAAAUCAAUAUAUUGAAACUAUUAACAAAUAUUUAAUCUAUGUCUAUAUUUUCAUAAAAUUCAGCUUCUCAAUCGGCUACUAACAGCAUAAAAAAUUGUUUACAUUUCUUUAACAACUGCUAAAUGUAUAGAAUCUUUCAAUCUUGUUAAUAAGUAUAAAUUUGGGAGGAUGGGAAUUUAGUAAAAUGACUGAUAAUUACAAAGUACUUUUUGCAUCGUUUUAAGACUGACAGUAUUUUGAAGAGCUGAAUCUUCAUUUCUAAACUGAUCACAUCAUUUUGGGAAACAUAAUUAGCCAUUAAUGUUAACAUUAUCAUAAAAAGUAUCUAUGUCUUAUGUGACAUAUAUGAAAUGAUCUUUUUACUUCAUAUAUAAAUAUGUAAUUUGCCAUGAAUUGUUAAAAUGAACAUAGAUUUUAAUAUUGCAAUAGUAGAAGAUUCAAUAGGUACAUAGUAUGAGGCAAUUUUCCUUCUAUGUUAUACGUAUGUGCCUAGUAUUAUUAUCCUUAUAAACAACUUACAUAAGUGUUAUAUUUCAAGGACCAGGGAACUAUUAAUUGAGUUAUAGUCAAUUAGUAACUAGAUUAAUUUUUUAAAGGAAUAUCUUAGUAUUUUACCCUUUUGUGCUUGACAGAAAAAUUCUUGAGUCUAAUUUUAUGACUGAAUAUGAUUCAUUACCUCAUUUCACUAAACAUAGAUGCUGCGAUAUCUAUGAUAUCAGUAAACCAUCCGUCUAAUAAUGGAUUGCCUAAAAAAAUCCGUCAAAUUAUUUUUUUGAUAAUAAUGGUGCUAAAUAUUUGAAACUAAAAUAAUUUAUAAAGGUUGAAACUGUCCAAGAAAAUUUAGGUGCUUAUCUAUCUUCUAGCAACACUGUUUGCAAGAGAUUAGUAAUUAACAAAAGUUGUAGGGUAGGAUCUUAAUUUUUGGGCAAUCCAAUACAAUGAAAAAUAUUUAAUAUGGAAAAGUUCAUUCUAUGUAUGAUGCAAUAAUUGAGUACAAUUCAAAAUGGAUUGACAGGAUGCUUGACAAAUCAAAAUCCUUUUGUAAAAACACAUAACUUGCUAUCUUUACAAAAGAAUUUUCAUUAACAGCUAAAAUCUGAUAAUAUCACAUAUGCUAAAUGGCAUAAUUCAUUCAGACGAAGAGAUUGUGUGCUUGUAUAAUAUGUACCAUGUAUAAAUUUAUGGUAAUUAAAUUAUUAAAAAUGUAUACAAAAAUUUUUACAAACUUCAUGUACACUAGUUUUUUGUACAUUGAUAUAUAUUAUUUUUAUGUUUUCUUGAUUUUCAUUAGAAAUGUUAUUAGUAAAAUUAUUAUAUAAAAUCAUAUGAUACUGUGUAACAAAUCUCUUAGUCUGAAUCGACAUUUAUCCCAGUAUGAUCAUUAAAUCAGGUGUGUUCCUGGCCAAUCAGCGUGGUUACAUCUUGUUAUCAGUAUGGUAUACAGUUUUAUGAAAAAAUUCAGGACUGGUUUGAACAUUCCCACAUUUUAUAAAAUAUAAGAAAUAAAUACAUUCCAUUAUUGUUAUUAAGAUAA